AUGAAAAGAAAGAGUGUGUCCUUCAAGACAGUUCUAGUGCCCUUCAAAACAGUGCCAGUACUCUUCAAUACAGUGCCAGAGCCCUUCAAGUCAGUGUCAGUGCUCUUCAAGAUAGUGCCAGUGCCCUUCAAGACAGUACCAGUACCCUUCAAGACAGUGCCGGCGCCCUUCAAGUCAGUGUCAAUGCCCUUCAAGAUAGUGCCAGUGCCCUUCAAGGCAGUGCCAGCGCCCUUCAAGACAGUGCCAGUACCCUCCAAGACAGUGCCUGUACCUUUGAAGACAGUGCAAAUGUCCUUCAAGACAGUGCCAGCGCCCUUCAAGACAGUGCCAGUGCCUUUCAAAACAGUGCCAGAGCCCUUCAAGACAGUGCCAGUGCCUUUCAAGACAGUGUCAGUGUCCUUCAAGACAGUGCCAGAGCCCUUCAAGACAGUGCCAGUGCCUUUCAAGACAGUGCCAAUGUCCUUCAAGACAGUGCAAAUGUCCAAGACAGUAUCAGUGCCUUUCAAGACAGUGCCAGUGCCCUUCAAGACAGAGCCAGUCUCUUUCAAGACAGUGCCAGUGUCUUUCAAGACAGUGCCAACAGUGCCAGUGUCUUUCAAGACAGUACCAGUGCCCUUCAAGACAGUGCCAGUGCCUUUCAAUAUAGUGCCAGCGCCCUUCAAGACAGUGACCGUGUCCUUCAAGAAAGUGCUAGUGCCUUUCAAGACAGUGUCAAUACCUUUCAAUACAGUGCCAGAGCCUUUCAAGGCAGUGCCAGUUUCCUUCAAGACAGUGUCAGUGCCUUUUAAGACAGUGUCAAUGUCCUUCGAGACAGUGCCAGUGCUCUUCAAGACAGUGCCAAUGUCCUUCAAGACAGUGCCAUUUGUGCCCUUCAGGACAGUGCCGGUGUCGGUCGUGGUGCACAGAGAAAUGAUGGUCUCGGCAGAAGUAAAAAUGAAAACAGGAUUUAAACAAGUCAACACCGACAAUGAGGAGAGCUAG